AUGACUGUUGAGAACCACUACCUCUGCAUCGACGAAGUAACGCCUUAUCAGAAAGCGAAAAUUGCCGAGCUUAGAGAAAAGACUUCAAGACAUUUGGCCAGAUACCCUGACUACGAUACUGAUUUUUCGCUGCUCAGAUGGUUGAUGGGAUGGGACUACAACAUAGAUGUUAUUGUACCAAAGCUCAGGGAUACUCUUGACGUACUGUGUUCUCUCAGAUUGGAUGAGAUGGAUGUAGAAGAUGUUGCUGAACUAAACGCAACGAUACGCUCGAUGUCUAAUAUCUGUGACUACUUUCCUGGUGGUCUCAUGUGUCAAGAUGAUGAGGGAAACGUUGUUUAUUUGCAAGCACUCGCUCGGACUCACCCGAAGUCGCUGAUCCGAGCCGGAUGCAUCAGCGAUCUUUACCGACUGAGCAUAGUCGAGGCCGAACUCGCUUUCAAACUUGUGAGAAAAGCUGAGAAGGCCACCGGAAGAAAACUUGGAGCCAGACUUGUUAUUGAUCUGGACGAAUUCGGUAUGGAUGUCCUGUAUCCGCCUGCUCUCACUGCCUAUCUCAAUCUACUCACGCUGCUUCAAGCGUUGUUCCCCGACUUCGGGAGACGUAUCUAUGUCAUCAACUCACCUAUGAUGAUCAAAACGGUCUAUGCAAUGAUUCAACCUGUGCUUUCUAAGCAAACAAGAGAAAAGGUGGUCUUCUUGGGCAACGAUUGGAAAGACAUCCUUGCGAAAGAGCUUGGCCCAAACAAUAUUUAUCCGCACUGGGGCGGCACCAAAGCGUCCGUUUUGCCAACAGGAGACAUUCGAAUGGGCGGAAAGGUCCCGGAGAAGCUACAAUAUAAAGCGGAUGACAAUAUCGACGACAACAAAAAGGGGCUCGAAAAGAUUACCAUCCCUGCUAGAUCGAGGAAUGAGGUAAAAGUGAAGGGUGAGAAGGGAAAGACUCUUCGGUGGAUAUGGCGAGUUGGAACCGGCGACGUAGAUUUCGGGAUUCAGAAGAAUGGAGAAAUGGCUUACCCAACGUUCCGCAUCUCAACGGAAUUUCAUCCUGAAAUUGGAAGAAUGGAAUGCAAAGAGACAGGAGAAUACACAUUCUUUUUCGAUAAUUCGCAUGGAAAGAAAGACCGAAGACUUUCUGUGGUUGCAGAUACAGGAAAUCUUCGUCUAAUGACUGUCAUUUACGACCAGGUCAGGUCGUAUACAGUGGCGGCAGGAAAUCAUGGUCACGAGCGCGUUGCUGUCUGUCGACAAAUGACUGUUGAUGCGUGCAAGACGUUCGAAAAAGAUGGAAAAUCGUACAGGAUCUAUGAUGAAAACUCAGUGAACCAGAUUCAAGAGAGGGUAAAACGUCACUAUUACAAUCAGCACAAGAAACAAACUGUAGAGUUCGUGGAUGAGAUGCAUAAGAAAUGGUUGUCCUUCAAUCACGCAAAGAUGCCGAUUCUGGAAGCGCUGGAUGUACUUGCCAACUUUCUCGACGAAAGUGACCCUGACGUAGAUGAGGCGAAUCUCAAACACGCCUACCAGACCGCCGAACGUCUUCGCAAAGCACAUCCUCAGAAGCCAUGGAUGCACCUUGCCGGUCUCGUGCACGACCUCGGAAAGGUGAUGAGCGUGUGGGGAGAGAACCAGUGGGCAGUUACAGGUGUGACAGUCACAGAACAUAGCUUUUCCUAG